AUGUCGCGAAAGGCAGUAGAUCAGCGGAUUCCCGCUCUUAUCCGCAAUGGCUUGCAGGAGAAGAAGCGAAGCUUCUUCGUGGUCGUCGGUGACCGGUCUAAGGAUGUUAUUGUCCAUCUCCACUACAUCAUGUCUCAAGCAGACAUAAAGCAAAACAAGUCUGUUCUCUGGGCAUACAAGAACAAGCUCCUUGGCUUCACCAGUCAUCGCAAGAAGCGUGAGACUAAGAUCAAGAAGGAAAUCAAGCGAGGCAUUCGCGAAGCCAACACCGAGGACCCUUUCGAGCUAUUUGUUUCUCUCCACAACAUCCGAUAUGUCUACUACAAGGAGACCGAGAAGGUGCUGGGAAACACCUUUGGCAUGUGCAUUUUGCAAGACUUCGAGGCCAUGACGCCGAACAUCCUCGCCAGGACGAUCGAGACCGUUGAGGGAGGUGGUUUGGUCGUUCUCCUGCUCAAGGGCAUGACCAGCUUGAAGCAGCUGUACACCAUGUCUAUGGACAUCCACUCGAGAUACCGGACUGAGGCACAUGAUGAUGUGGUGGCCCGCUUUAACGAGCGCUUUAUCCUCUCGCUGGGUAGCUGUGAGUCGUGCUUGGUCAUCGACGACGAGCUCAAUGUCUUGCCUAUUUCGGGUGGCAAGAACGUGAAGGCACUGCCCCCAGCGGAGAAUGACCAGCCAAAGACGGCUGCGCAGCAGGAGCUGGAAGAGAUGAAGGAGUCACUCCAAGAUACCCAACCAGUUGGCUCCCUGGUUACCCUUGCGAAGACAGUGGACCAGGCCAAGGCGCUCCUGACCUUUGUGGACGCCAUCGCGGAGAAGACUCUAAGGAGUACAGUGACCCUGACGGCUGCCAGAGGUCGCGGAAAGUCUGCGGCUAUGGGUGUGGCAGUUGCUGCUGCUGUAGCUCAUGGUUACAGCAACAUUUUCAUCACUUCCCCUUCACCCGAGAACUUGAAGACACUGUUCGAAUUCAUCUUCAAGGGCUUCGAUGCCCUUGGCUACGCAGACCACGCCGAUUACUCGAUUAUUCAGUCUACGAACCCCGACUUCAACAAGGCCAUUGUCAGAGUUAACAUCCACCGAGCGCAUCGCCAAACUAUUCAGUACAUUAGGCCCCAGGACGCCCACGUACUUGGCCAGGCAGAACUUGUCGUUAUUGAUGAGGCUGCCGCCAUCCCUCUGCCCCUGGUGCGCAAGCUGAUGGGUCCCUACCUUGUCUUCAUGGCUUCUACGAUCAAUGGUUAUGAGGGAACUGGUCGUUCGCUCUCGCUCAAGCUCAUUAAGCAGCUGAGAGAACAAUCAAGACCCGGAGCCAAGACGAACGGCGAUACGGAGGUUGCUGAUCGCUCAACGGGCAAGGCUGCCAAGGACCAGGGCUCCAGCCACCAGGCCAGCCGUACGCUUCGUGAGAUAACCUUGUCUGAGCCCAUCAGAUACGCUCAGGGUGACUCGGUUGAGAAGUGGCUGAACAAGCUGCUGUGUCUUGACGCCACACUCCCCAAGGCCAAGGCUGGCAGUCAGGGUUGCCCUGAUCCCUCCCAGUGCGAGCUUCUCAAGGUCAACAGAGACACUCUGUUCUCCUUCCACCCCAUCCCGGAGAAGUUCUUGCAGCAGAUGGUGGCGCUUUACGUUGCCAGCCACUACAAGAACUCCCCUGACGACCUCCAACUGAUGAGCGACGCCCCUGCCCACGAGCUUUACGUCCUCAUCGCCCCGACAACUGAUGGCAAGCUCCCCGAGCCGCUGUGUGUUAUUCAGGUUGCACUGGAAGGAAAGAUCAGCCGACAGAGCGUUAUUAACAGCUUGAGCAGAGGACAACGGCCUUCUGGUGAUUUGAUUCCCUGGCUGGUGAGUCAACAGUACCAGGAUGAGGAGUUUGCUUCUCUUUCUGGUGCGCGUGUCGUCAGAAUAGCUACAAACCCGGAGUACGUGUCCAUGGGAUACGGUACUAAGGCUCUGCAACUUCUCACCGAUUUCUACGAACAAAAGUUCACCAAUCUGUCCGAGGAUGCUGAUCUGACGAUGGAGGAGACUUUGACGAGAGUUACAGAUGCCGAGCUGGUCAACACCUCUUUGCUUGAGGACGACAUCCAGGUGAGAGACAUCAAGAAGCUGCCGCCUCUGUUUGCCAGGUUCUCUGAGAUUCGACCUGCUGCUCUGGACUAUGUUGGUGUUAGCUACGGCUUGACGCAGCAGCUGCACAAAUUCUGGAAGCGUGCCCAGUUUGCCCCUGUCUAUCUGAGGCAGACCGCCAACGACCUGACCGGCGAACAUACGUGCGUCAUGCUCCGGCCCUUGGAGAACACCGCCGACCAGACAUGGCUGGGUGCCUUUGCCAGAGAUUUCCAGCGUCGUUUCCAGUCUCUCUUGUCCUACCAAUUCAGGGAGUUCCAGUCAGUCGUUGCGCUCAGCAUUGACGAGUCCGCCAACGCCGGCGCCAAGCUUGACGGUGUUGAACCUACGGCUCUGACCAAGGUUGAGCUGGAUAGACUUCUGACCCCCUUCGAUCUGAAGCGCCUUGAGUCGUACGCCAACAACAUGCUGGACUACCACGUCAUCCUGGACCUUGUCCCUACACUAGCCAGCCUGUACUUUACUGGUAGGCUCAAGGCAAACAUCAAGUUGACAGGAGUGCAGCAGGCCAUCCUGCUGGCUAUUGGUCUGCAGAGGAAGGAUAUGGAUGUUAUCUCCCAGGAGUUGUCUCUUCCCUCAUCUCAACUCCUUGCUAUGUUUAUCAAGAUUCUCCGCAAGGUCACGUCCCACUUCAGCACUCUGGUGUCUGCUGCCGUUGAGGCUGAGCUGCCAAAGGCUGAUGCUAUUGGCGUUAGCCGAGAGAAUGCCUCUGGUGCCCACGAUGAUGAGGUGGUGGAUAAGAGGUUUGUUCCUCUCGAGACAUCUCUCGAAGAGGAGCUUGAAGAGGGAGGCGAUGAGGCUCUUCAGAAGCUGCGCAAAAAGCAGCGUGAGCUCAUCGACUCUCUCCCCCUCGACCAAUACGAGGUCGACGGUGACGCCCCCGCAUGGGCAGAGGCAGAGCAGGCGGUCAAGGACGGGAAGUCUGGCGUCGUGAGCGUUAAAUCGAGCAAAGCGAAACGCAAGGCCGGGCCAACAGCAGCGGAUGUGUACGAGGAGGCAUUCGGAGAGAAGACCCACAAGAAGGCUAAGAAGCACAAGAAGGAUAGGAGCUGA